AAAUUAGUAACGUCAAAAAUUGUUGAUUUUUUUGGUUGAUUUGUUUUAUUUGUGAUAAAAAGGUUUUUUUAUUAUUAAAAAUGAAGAAAAAGGUUCUUUUAAUGGGUAAAAGUGGUUCGGGCAAGACUAGCAUGAGAUCCAUAAUAUUUGCAAAUUAUAUUGCUAGGGACACCAGAAGAUUAGGGGCCACAAUUGAUGUUGAACAUUCACAUGUAAGAUUUCUUGGAAAUUUGGUCUUAAACCUGUGGGAUUGUGGAGGUCAAGAAGCAUUCAUGGAAAACUAUUUUGCAUCCCAACGUGAUAAUAUUUUUAGAAAUGUUGAAGUUCUGAUUUAUGUUUUUGAUGUGGAAAGCAGAGAGUUGGAAAAAGACAUGCAUUAUUACCAAACUUGUUUGGAAGCAAUACUACAAAAUUCGCCAGAGGCAAAAAUAUUCUGUUUAAUACACAAAAUGGAUUUGGUUACAGAGGAUCAAAGGGAUAUCAUUUUUAAGGAACGAGAAACAGAUUUAAAGAGGAUUUCAAAACCUCUGGACUGUACUUGUUUUAGAACUUCAAUCUGGGACGAAACUUUGUAUAGAGCAUGGUCUAGCAUAGUUUACAUGUUGAUUCCCAAUGUUAAAGAGCUUGAAAAUAGCCUCCAACAAUUUGCUAACAUUGUUGAUGCUGAUGAAGUUUUACUGUUUGAGAGGGCCACGUUUUUGGUGAUCUCUCAUUGCCAGAGGAAACAUCACAGAGAUGUUCAUAGAUUUGAAAAGGUUUCAAAUAUAAUCAAACAAUUUAAAUUGUCCUGUUCAAAACUGGCAGCUCAGUUUCAAAGCAUGGAAGUUAGAAAUUCUGCUUUUGCUUCUUACAUAGACAUGUUUACUAGCAAUACUUAUGUUAUGGUUUGCAUGUCUGAUUCUCAAAUACCUUCCGAAGUUACUUUGAUUAAUAUUAGGAAUGCUAGGAAGCAUUUUGAAAAACUGGAAAAAGUUUCCAGUUCUGCUCCAGCCAUAGGCCGCUGAUUCAAAUUAUUUUAGUGCCAAUUUCAUGUGAUACUAAAUCUGUUUUUAGUAUUUAUGUAAAUAUGUACCUAAUUACUCAUAAUCCUUGUAUUUUAUUAAUUUUUAAUCCUAAUUAAAUUAUGUAAUGUUAAACAGAAAUAUAUUUAUUUUGCAUUUAAAAAUAAUUUUAAACUCUCAGAAGUAGCUCUAUA